AAAAGUGCGUUCGGUGUCGGUGGUCACCGUUUCCGUUUGUCCCUCUCACGACGGCAACAAGUCGAGACGAAGAACAACAACACCAACAACAACAACAUUACUGGUAUCAAAUAUGACCGAUCUUGCUUGGGGUGUGAAAAACGGAGAUUUAAAUGUGGUGCAAGAAAUAUUCGAAAAACAGAAUCCAGAUGUAAAUGAAGAAAUUUCAGGCCGAUGCCCCAUCCAUUAUGCUGCCGACUACGGACAAAUAGAGAUCAUGAAAUACUUAGUUACUAAAGGAGCCGAUAUCAAUCGAUUAGACAAACAUGGAAUCUGUGCGUUGUUAGCAGCCACAUGGGAAGGCCAUGCUGAGUGUGUCCAAUACCUUAUAUCCCAGGGUGCCGACAAACAGAUCAAAGCACCGGAUGGACGUCAUAUCGUUGAAUGUGCAGAUUCGGAGGAAAUCAAGACAUUACUGAAAUAAGUGCCCUAAAUGUUUAAAUGUUUCAUUGCACCACCACCACCACCACCACCACCACCACCAGUAGCAACAACACCCACACACACACACUAAACACAAUGUCCAUCAACAGAACAGACUUUAUUCUCUACUCCACUUCUACCUUCUCUUUCUUUUCGGACAAAUUAUGAAUACAGUCUCAUAGAUAUACACACAACUCCAUAUCUGGAUGCUCGUAAACUCAUAGCUAUUGUUACCGAGGUAAUCGUUUACCACGCCUACCUUGGUCAUACAACUACAGACACACAAGCAAGCAGCUUACCAAUUCCUUGUUUCCAAACUUAAUUACAAAAAAUUAUGAAAAAUUCUAUCAAUCCAGUGCUUUAUAUUUUUUCUUUUUUUUUUAGAUAUAUUUACAUUUAAAUAAUAAUAAUAAUAAUAAUAAUAAUAAAGAAUGAACAAAAACAGCUUAA